AUGGCAGUUGAACCUGAAGGUCGAGCAUCGAAACAUGCAGCCGUGGAGAGGAAGUACAUCUGGAAGCAAAUGCUUCCCAUGCUGGAUCCUUUCACUAUUGCUGCUGCCAGUGUCUUGAGCCAUCGAGUUCGUGCAUGGUGCGUAUCGAAGAGCGGCUUGCUGAACGUCCCCUACUUGUUGUUGAACUAUGCCGACGCUUUAAGCGUAGACCGGCGAAUGAUGCACGCCCUGCCCGCCAUUGACAGGACCGAGCUGGUGGAGUUUGAGCUCUGGAACCAUGGAUGCGAGGAUGUCUGGGGAAACGACAGCACAACCCUUGAUGAAACGGAACCCACAAGUGAUUGCCGCUUCAGCAUGUGCCUGGGCUGGUUCUUUGGCGUUUUUCCAAAGCUCCGGCGUGUAGCCAUCUUCGGGCUACGAAAGCGACUUGAGCUGGUACCAUUGCUGCGGAGCUUACGCCGCUGUCCAGCUCUUGAGGAGCUUUCACUGCAGGAGGCCGACUUCAACGACUUCAAAGACUUCGAAGACCACAUCUGCCCAGCGUUCGACGUGGUCCAGGCUUUGCCAGCCUUCACCGACCUUCGCAUCUUACACCUUGCAGUCAGGCCAAUUUUUCACCGGGGAGAUAUUGAGCCUGAGUCCCGUGAACUAGAUGCCCUCACUGCAUCUUCCACGGCACUGCCACACCUGCAUACGCUUUGCUUGUGCGUGAGUGCGCGUGAAGCAAUGCGGCAAGGCUUCCCCGCGGCCUUGCAACGAUGCGUAGAUUCUUUCGCUCUCCGGCAUCUGUCCCUCACUGGAUGCAAGCUCUUGACAGAGAGGCUUGCUGCGGUGAAAUGGCCAUCCGGGUGUUGCCAGCUCUCACUGUCAGUCCCAUUUGAUGCGAGAAGCCUGUCGAUGUUGGCUCCAUCAAUCUGCCGAGACGAGGUUGAAGGUCUGGUCAUGUCGUUUCCGGCUGCAGAUCUCGACCCAUCGCACCUGCGCGACUUCCUCUUCACCCUCGCGGGCUCGAAGUUGAAAUCGCUCACCUGGAACCUCUGUGGCCUUUACAGCGCAAGCCCCCAAAGUGAGGCGCGCAUGGCGAUAAGCCAGGGACUCUGCCACCUCCUCUCCGGCCUCAGCUCCCUGAAGAAGAUCACAGUCUUCCAUGACGAGCGGUUUCAGUAUACGAGUUCCCAUACGGGGCCCUGGCCUGAGCUGGUGGUCGUGGACGUGAUGGCGGCGCGACAAGGCAUCGUGUUCCAACAUCCUGAAGCACAGCUGGAUCUGCAUGUGCGGCACCGGCAGCAUUGGCCAAGAGCCUGUGCUGGACACUGCUAG